AUGCGUGCGAUUCUUCGUCGUCUCUACCCUUCGGCCAAAUUUCCCGUCGCUCGGUAUCCAGUCGCGCGACCAUUCUCCACCCAGAGAGAACCAAGACAGGCCUCGUCUUUUUGGACUAUCACCUUUACACUCGCCAUCGUUGGAGGCGGCGCUUGGCUCCAGGACAAAUACUACAAUCCAAAACCAAUCCCGAAAGCAGUAUUGCAACAACCUACUCAACAGUCCUUCCUCGGAGUGAUUGAUACCCUAGCAACGAUGCCCGCCGAACCCGCCCCCGGAACAGUCGGGAACCUCACCCCGGAGCAAGAGGUUAAACUGAAGGAAUUCUGGGUCCUUGCGCUGAAGGUCUUUGGUCUUACGCUCGAAGAACUCGAGGCCCCUGCCCAACCGACCAGCGAUGCCGCACCCGCCCAGGACAAGAAGAAGGCCAAGGGCAGGUGGGCAAUCUGGGGCAAGGGUGACGACGACGACACGAAGAGCACAUCUUCCGAUGCUACAAGCGUAUCAAUCGCCGCCGAAGACGACAAGUAUGGCCAGUCCAAGGAAUACAAGCAAGCGCUUGAGGAUAUGAAACCCGAGGAAAUCCGCACAGCCUUCUGGAGCAUGGUGAAGGGCGAUAACCCCGACUCUCUGCUUUUGCGGUUCCUGCGCGCUCGGAAAUGGGAUACCAAGAAGGCGCUUGUUAUGCUGAUUUCGACUAUGCGCUGGCGAUUGCUGGAGAUGCACGUCGAUGACGAUAUCAUGUUCAACGGCGAGGAACUGGCCCUCAAGCAGUCACAGGGCACUGAUGCUAAGGAGAAGAAGAAGGGAGAUGAUUUCCUGACGCAGAUGCGUCUUGGCAAGAGUUUCUUGCAUGGAGUCGAUCGGGCUGGUCGACCCAUCUGUGUUGUUCGUGUUCGUCUGCAUAAGGCUGGCGAUCAAGAUAAUGAGGGCUUGGAACGCUUUACUGUGUAUACAAUUGAGACUGCGAGAUUGCUGCUCGCUCCACCGGUUGAGACUGCGACUAUUGUCUUUGAUAUGACCGACUUUGGUGUCGCUAACAUGGACUAUGCCCCCGUGAAAUUCAUGAUCAAGUGUUUCGAGGCCAACUACCCCGAGUCUCUCGGAACAGUGCUGAUCCACAAGGCGCCAUGGCUCUUCUCAAGCAUCUGGAGUAUCAUCAAGGGCUGGCUUGAUCCUGUCGUUGCGGCCAAGGUCCACUUCACCAAAAACCGCCAGGACCUCGAGAAGUUCAUUCACCCUAACCAGAUCAUGAAGGAGCUGGAAGGCGAUGAGGACUGGGAGUACAAAUACGUCGAGGUCGGAGAGAACGAGAACCCCAAAAUGGCCGAUAAGGAAACCCGUGACACCCUGAUGGCCGAGCGACAACAACUCGCCAAGGAGAUUCAGGACGUCACAAUCGAGUGGAUUCGUGCUAGCUUCAAGAAGGAGACUGCCGCUGCCUCUGCCGCUGAGGAAAAGCGCAAUGAGUUUGUUGAGAAGCUGCGCAGCCAAUACUGGGUCCUUGACCCGUAUGUGCGGGCUCGCUCUCUCUAUGACCGACUCAACAUUGUCCAGGGAGGUGGCAAGAUCGACUUCUACCCUGAUGCCGCGAAAUAG